AUGAAAUUCACAAUUGUAGUUUUUGCAUUUAUUGCAAUCUUCGUUUUGGCUAUGGGAAAUUCAAUCCAAGAAGAUGUCGGCGACGAUUCAACUGACGAGCCACUAGGACGUCAAGGAAGAUUAACUUGCGAUUUCUUUGGAAGUACUCGUUUUUGUGUUGCUAAUUGCUGGCGUUUGGGAUUCAAAGGUGGCUGGUGUGACUCACGAAAUGUUUGCAACUGCCGUCGAUAA